AUGCUCGUUGUCAUCCUGACACUGCUCUGUGCUGCGGCGUCCCCUAGUCGCGGCGUGACACUAGUUAACCAUGAAGAGCAUCGUCCCAGUCGCUUCAACAGAGGAAUAUCGCUUCUCAAUGACACGGCGGCCUCGGCGACCUCAGUGGCCACUCGCUCUCUUGAUAUCCCGCUAGCUGUCAGCUCCGCAGUAACGAGUCCCGAGCCGUAUCGAAGCCCCGUAGAUGUCGCUUCGACCCUGGCCGCUUCUUCUAGUGGGGACGCAUAUGCCAUCGCGCCAUCAACUGAGGACAAUGACGCCUCAUCGGAAGCUUACACUUGGUGGACUAUAUUCAACCUGGGGACUAUCACCACAAUUCGGAGGCCGACGCUCGUAUUGCCUACCGCGACAUCGACGAGGGAUAUCCCCAGACCGACCUCCCAGCCGGCCACCAUGGAAUUGGAACGCCACCCUGUCGUCGCCUAUAUCCACGACGGCUUUUCCUCCGUCAAAGACCGUUCCAGGAUCGACUUUCGACGCGCCGAGCGAAUGCCCGACGGUAUCUGGACCGAUCAUCGUCACUAUCACCUCCUAUUCCGUCAUUUACACAUCCACUACGACCUGGUCUGGGGACCCAGCAGACUAUACGCCGCCAUAUCCGCCCAUCAGCAUUCCGGAAGAUCCUGGAUCUCGGGGAAGACAUGUACCAUCAUCCAUCCAACCGCGACGGACGGCUCCGGCCCACCCCACACCGUGGCGGGAACACAGACGAUCAUCAUGGUCACAACAGAUAAAAAUCCAGCCGUGGUUUUCCCUAGCGAGCCUCCUCCCAGUUACGGUGGGCCGCCCUCGAACCAAAACGGCCACGAUCCGGCCCCAGAGGAUGGCUCAGUUAUCACUACCCCUCAAUACGGCAUGCUCCCGUCGGAUGCCGAGUCCGUAAAAUCAUCGCCGACCCCAACCGGCAACAGCAGUGAAGGCCCGACUCCGAUAACCGUGAUAGUCCAGCCUACCGAGGUAGUAGUUAAUGACCGAACGUUUACCGACAACCCGACACAAAGGACGUCUACCGUAGUCGUGGGAAGCGACACCUUCGUUAUUGAUCCGUCUAGGGUGAUGGGCGGCGGCGCCACUAUUACUCGGCCUCCCCCCAAUAUAGGGGCCGUGUUUGUACCUAUAACGAUAACGACUUCCAUCGGGGGCCUGGGGGUGGUAUACGGGCCGUCGGCCGUAACGAUUGACGGCACAGUCUUCACCAUCAGGUCCACGCCAACAUCUGCAGUUAUCCAGGGACAGACGAUCACCCUUGGCCCCGAAGGAAUCAUCUUCCCCACGCAAACCCUACGCGCUGGCGCAGGGCCCGCACCGACGCAGACGGCCGUAAUGGGAGGAGAACUCAUCGCGGCGAUUGGGAGAGAUAGGGUCGUCAUCGAGGGCACUACGAUCAGCUACGGUCCUGGUUUCAGCAGCACCAUUACCACGGUCGUCGACGGGGACACCAUCUUGAUCACACCGACCGGCAUCAUCGUUCAUAACGAGAUCCUAGGCGGGGUUGCCGCCAUGCCUGCCGCCACUGCCUACGAAAUUGUGGGUGGAGCGACCGUCACACAGUUAGGUCUAAAUGCCUUGGAAAUAGGGGGUAAAACAUACCAUAUCGGCUUGGGCGCCCCGGUAAUGACAACGGUGGUCAACGGCCAGACCCUGACAAUAGGGCCGAAAGGAGUGGCCAUGUCGACGUGGACCCUCGGUUCGCCCUAUGCAUCAACUACGACGCUAAUGCCAGGCGCCGGCAACAACGUCGCGAUGAUAAUCCCUACGGCGACGCAGUCGGCGGAGAACGGUGGACCGAUUACACGACCGGAUUGGACCCGAGUAUUCUCAAUCCUAUAUAUGGCUAUCGGCGCCGGGUGUUUGGGGCAAAUCCUUCUCCAGCUCUAA